CGCAGUCCGUUUGGAUGCUGGGGAGUAACGCAAGUAAGUACAAACAAACUCAACUCACAUGGACCCGGGCCUUAAACAGACUAGAAGAUGUAUGCACAAGUGUAAACUUGAUAGCAUUCAAGACACGCAGCAGGACUGUGACAGACCAGUUCCUGAUAAGUUGGGCACCCAGAAGCCAGAAGCCAUCAGCAGUGAAAUGCAAUCAAAUGACAAAGAGCUGCUUUUUAGUCGGUGGAAGAAAGGACAAGAACUCCCUGCUAAAUCCCAGCAUGCUGCAGUGGAUAUGCUUGAAAACAGGUUCUUGAAAGUGCGACAGAGUUUACUGCGAAAUACAAAUGAAAAUGUCAGUCACGAUUUUAAUGAGCAGGCAAUUGAAUCCCUGCAAAGAAUUCUAGCAGGAGCAGAUCUGCUGAAAAAAGAAGAGGCUACGAUGAGUAUCCUCGGGUCAAAAUAUGAUCUCCACAUGGAUCAUAAAGCCUUACACCUGCCCUUUGGAUACUUCAUUAAGUCUAAUUCAACACGAUCUGUUGAAUGCUCCUCAAACCCAUCCAAAGCAGUUUUGAAGGAAAUAUCAAAGGGCCGAGAAAGAAGCAGAGCUGACAAAAGUUCAUCUUCGAAGAGUAAACAUCUGGACUUCUUUGAAGUCGUGAAGGAACAACUGCAACAGAAGGACUUGGAGAAUCAACAUCUUGUCCAUUUGUUGUUGGUCAAGCGACAAGAACUGAAAGAUAUGAAAGAGACGUCGAAGCAAAAAGAGAAGGAAACCCAACUCGUUACUGAAAGGCUGAAGUGUGAGGAACAGAAAAACACCGAAAUCACCACCAGGUUUGAGCAAACCUCUGAAGAUUUGAAGAAGGAACUCGCUGAAGCCAAAAGUAACAACAAAACGUCUAUGAAGCAGCUUAAAGCACUGAUGGAGAAAUACGAGCGCCUGAAAACACGCGCUAACACCGUGAAGGACCAACUCAACGUGGAGCUCAAUGAGAAAAAGAGCUGUCAAAAAGCAUUGAGGAAGCUCCAGCAGAUGUCUCAAGAGCUGCUAACCAAGCAGAAACUUCUGGAGGAGCAAAGAGAUGUAGCAGACCGAGAUCUGGCUUUAUGUAGAGAGACGCUGCAGAUGAUGGACGCCGAACACAAGAAGAACAUCAGCAUUCAUCAGAGACUUGAGGAGGAGAUAUCAGCCACGAGAAGUGAAUCUGCAAACCUCAGAGAACAUUUACGUCAAGCUCAGGAGAAGAACAAGGAGCUCAUUCAGUCGACUCGCUCCAAAGAGUCUGACAAUCAGAAGAGCGUUAAGGAAUUUCAGGAGGGGAUUGAAAAACUGAACGCUGAGUUGGAAAACUGCAAAAUAGAAAGAGACCAAGCGCUUCAACAGGUGAAGGCUGUGAAAUAUGAAUCGAAACGGAUUCACAACAAGCAGAGCGUGGAGAUACUUCAGCUGCAGGAGCAGCAGAAAGCCUGUCUGCAGCAGUCCGAUGGUCUGAGAAGAGAGUGUGAGACUUUGAUGCAGAUGCUCAGUAAACUCAAGAGAGACAAACAAGUCUUGACAGAGAAGUUGGAGAGCAUUCAUAAAGAAAAGAUGGCAAGCACGAAGGAGGGAGCACGGCUCAAAGAGGCCAUUCGACUGCUGGAGCGAGAGAGAGAGGUGCUGUUAGCGGAGAUGGAGGACUUGCGAAAGGAUUACCUCGGCCUCAGCGACAAGAUCACACAGAAAAUGGGCCACAUGGAUGCAGCUGAUCCUCCCAUGACCAUCACUGACGUCACUACAAACCAUCAGAGAAAUGCUCAGAAGUUCUCACACGCCGAUGAUGUGAUUCAGGACAUAAGAAGAAAACUAGAAGAGGAGAACCAGCAAAAAUGAAAUUAAUUGUUGGUUUUCUACCACCAGCUAUUGUGUGCACAUGCACACUUUCUCCUGUAACAAUGUAACAUUUCUGCACCAAGUUAUUUGAAAUGCAAAAUUAUAGCCCAUAUUUAAAUAAAAACAUCACAUGCUGUAUAGAAAAUAUUUAUAAUAUUUUGAAAGCAUGAAAUCUAAAACAAAGUUUGUUCUACAGU